UAUUGAUUUUGGCGGGUUUAGUUGUGUGCAUGUUAAACUAGAGGAAGCCGAACUAGGUCACGUGAGGACAGAAUGGGGGGAACUCAACCAUCUUUCCCUAUAGUUACCUUAAAGAAGGAACAUCUUGUGGUUGUGACUGGGGGUAACACAGGCAUCGGAUACGAGACUGCCAAAUGGAUUGCCAUGAUGGGGGCCCGUGUCAUUAUUGCCUGCAGAUCGGAGGAGAGAGCCCGCGCAGCAAUUGAGAACAUGCAGAUAGAAUUUAAAGAAGAGAAAACCAAGACGACCGCUGGACUGUGUACCUACGACACGCUGUCUGUGGAGUUCAUGGCGCUGGACUUAGCAUCAAUGAAAUCCGUUCAGACCUUCAUCAACGAUUUCACAGCAAAGGAAUCUCAUCUCAAUCUGUUGAUAUGUAACGCUGGCAUUGCUAUUUGUGGCCAAGCUUACACGGAAGAUGACUUUGAAAGCAUGUUUCAGGUCAAUUAUCUUGGACAUUUUCUGAUUGUAACAAAACUUCUACCUAUGAUGCUGAAAUCGGGCUCAGAUUGUCGCGUUGUCAUGGUAACGAGUGACUCGCAUGAAGUGGCCAAGUUUGACCUAGAAAAUGCUCAGGGACGUCAACACACGAAGGAGUCUUUUCCCAGACACGAAUACUACGGAAACACAAAGCUUUAUCAAAUUAUGCAGAUGUUCAGUCUGAACAGGAAGUUGAGGAACACGGAUGUGUCGGUUAUCAGUGUGCACCCAGGGUUAGUAGACACCGAGGUCACCAGAGGAUUCAGCGACUUCCUGUUCUGGAAUAUGUACUUCAAAGUCUACAAGUGGUUAGGUCUUUCGAAAACGCCAUUUGAGGGAGCAACGACCGUGAUAAAUGCUGCUGUUAACCCAAAAUACCAUCGAUCACGUGACUGUUACUUUGUUGAUCUUAAAGAGACCGAACCAAGCAAUGACGCCAAGAAUGAGGAUUACCAAGAGGCUGUUUGGGAAUAUACUCUUGGCUGUUUGAAAGAUUAUCUCCAAGAAAAGGACUUGACAUUUCUUAACCAUCUGUGACAAGUGUACUGCAUGUAGCAUGUGAUCAUGACAUUGUCAUUCUCAGUCUUGAUCGAUAUCAGUCCAGGUUUUGAACAUCAUUGCUUGCAGUUUGUGUUCCACAGAUGUUGUAGCGUUGAGUUGUAGACAUGUGCUUUUAUCGUUAGAAAAUAUUUGGCUGCCAUGUUUUGUAUUAAAUGAAAUGAAAUGUUUCACAAACUGAGUGUAUACCCAGAUGUAUAUUUCCUAUCCAGUGCGGAUGUAUCCUCUCCAAACAUGUAGAUUUGAAGGAAGAAGAAUUCACACUACUGGUUGUAUUUGAGUCGAGAGUUUUAGACAGGUGGCAAAUUGCAAAAAUACAGUUUUCCGUCAUGGACGUACUUAAUACAAGUGAUUUUAUAAAUGAAUUACAGACUCUCCUAAGAAUGGCAUUGUUGAAGGGAUACUAGUAGACAUGUAGAAGUAUGUUUUAUUAAUUUAUUAAUUUUGUACAUAUUUUACAUGCUUUAUUAAUUUAUUAAUUUUGUACAUAUUUUACAGGUGAAUCUGAUACUUUAUAGCAUUAUUCUUUAUUAAAUACACGUACCUCUCGAUCGAUAAAUGGUCGUA